AUGGACUUGCACCACCACAUUGACGAUCCUAACCUUGAUCGCGACGUUGAGGGCGGUACCCUGACGCCGCCCCCGACGCCGGCUUCAACCCCAGCGCACAGUCGUUCUCCUGCACCACGGACACGUCGUCGACCUCUAGAUUUUAUUGGGAAGACUCACUCCCCCUUGCACGCUUCCCACUUAGGAGGCCUAAGAAGAAGGGAGAGUAGUGGAUCAGCGUCUCGUACAAGGGAAGAAGGGACGUCGGAAGUGGAGGACGAUGCCGAGGGAGAGACAGUGAUACCGAAAGAGCGAAGUGGGAAGGGUAUAGGAGACCGGUUAUUUCGCCGACAGGUUUUCUUGAAGCGCGAAAGGCGGAGGCGGAGGAGGAAGGACAGGGAAAGAGAAGAGGCGCUCAGAAGGAGUGUCAUUGACAAAAUCAAAAAGUCUUACUUUAAUCCUGGGCUCGUUCUCGAAAACUCUGGUUCUGUUGCUCGAGACCAUCUGGCAACCGAGAGGACCUAUUUAGCAUAUGUUAGAACAAGCUUAGCCCUUGCUUCCAUGGGCGUAGCGCUCACACAAUUAUUCACGAUCGGGGACUUGACAAGUCGGGCCACCGGGGUGGAAAUUUCGCCUGCGACUCGAAACGCGGCGCGUUUUGCAAGGCCGUUAGGUGGUGUUACUAUUGCUAUGGCUUUUGCGACCCUUCUGCAAGGAUUGUGGCGCUUUUUCUAUAUUCAAUUCCAUCUUCCAACUGGGUUCUUCCCAAUGGCGCGCAUGUCUGCUGCGUUUACUGGGUUUGGACUAACUGCGGUUAUAGUCACGAUCUUUGGGGCUAUUCUUUCCGGCAGGACUCACGACUGA